UUCCGUUGCACAACUUGCACUGGCGACCACAGCUGGUGUCGCCCUUGUCUCCUCAAAUCACAUCAGUCAUUGCCUUUCCACAAAAUCCAAUUUUGGAAUGGCAAGUGCUUUGAAGACGUCACUCUUUCUGCCCAAGGAUUUAUAUGGUACAUGGGCCAUGGUGGAAAGUCUUGCCCUUGCUAUGGAGUUGGACAAUGUCACCUUGAUCAAGAUUCUUCUGUGAUUAUUGUACAUUCUUCUGGGGUGUUCACACACAAUGUGUCGUGGUGUCGGUGUCCAGGAUCACACCAUGAACAUCACCUGCAGCUGCUCCAAGCAGGACUAUUUCCCGCCAGUAUCACGCGCCCUAGGACUGCGUUCACCUUCGAAGUACUGGAUCAUUAUCUCAUUGAUGCCUUGGAAUGCAAGACUUCGGCAAUGAGCUUCUUUGAGAAAAUCCGACGGCUGACAAAUAAUGCUUUUCCAGAUGCUGUCCCGGUGAGUAGAACCGACAAUACCAUAAUUCUAGCUCAUACUGAAUGCAAAAUCCCAUCUGUAGGAUCGAUAUCGUGA